AUGCAUGCCACAACACCAAUCAAUGUAGAUAAGUUAGCGUGGGAGCUACAGAGACAUCCUGAUAGAUAUUUCGUAAAUUCAUUAAUUAACGGGUUACGUAAAGGAUUUUUUACAGGCGUAUCAUCUUUACCGGAAAAGGUUUUAGAAUGUAAAAACUUGCUUUCUACUACAAAAUGUCCAGAUGACGUUUCCGGAUUAGUCAAAUCAGAAUUAGACAAUAAUUUUGUUAUAGGCCCAUUUACGAAAGCCCCUUUUGAUAUAUACAGGGUUAGUCCUGUUGGCAUUGUUGAAGGAAAAUAUUCUAAAAAGAAAAGACUUAUACUUGAUUUAUCUGCACCUCACAAUAGUGAUGAGCAUAGUAGUGUCAACGACCUCAUCAAUAAAGAAGAUUUUUCGCUUUCGUAUAUUAAAAUCGAUGAUGCCAUUAAAAUCAUCAAAGAAUACGGUUUUGCCUCAAGAUGUUGUAAAUUGGACGUAUCUAAUGCAUUUAAAUUAAUCCCUAUUCAUCCGAGUUUAUGGCAUUUAUAUGGAUUUAAAUGGAAAAAAUAUGUAUUACUUUUACACUAG